AUGUCUAUCAAUCCUAGAUUCAAAUUAUUAAGAGGAUCUACUUCUACUCAAAAAGCCCAUCCUCAAAUUGCUGUCCAACAACAGCAACAUCUUCACGAAACGCCACACCUGACGAAAUCUCAGAACAGGUACAAUAGUAGUAGAUUUGAAGCUACAUCAAGCAUCUUAUCAGACUAUGAUGAUUUAGAAGUGAUUGAUGAUGUUAAUGAAGAGUCACUGUAUGUUCUAUUCAACCCGAUUUCGAAACCCAAAAAUGAGUCAGAUAUACUUUCUUUGACUAAUACGUCAAAGGGGGAAUCAGAAGUGGAUACAGAUCAGGAAUAUGAAGCUAAUGACGUACAAAAGUUGAAAGAAGAUGAAGAAGAAGAGGAUGAUGAUGACGUCGAUGUGCACACUGACACGGAAAAACUAUCCAACAAAAUAAACAGUUGGUAUAACUCAAAUAUUGUGACAUCUAGUCAAGAAAUUGAUGAAAACGUAGCUAGUUGGAACUUGGAUGAAGAUGAGGAAUUGUCGAGUUCUAACGCACUGAGACUACCACAACAACAACCAGAACAGCAACUGUUGGAAGAGAGCAAAAGACUACUCACUGAAUUUUAUGGAGAUGACCUUUUUAAGUGCCUUGAUCAAGAAGAUAUAGCUAAAGUCAAAGGAUUCCACAAUAUGAUGGAUGUUAAACGUUUCCUUUUAGAAAAAGAUGUUGCUCCAACUGAUUCGUUACUCAGACAAUUGAUUUACAAGAUCCUUUACGUUAAAGAUAAAUCAUCCAGUUUUGACACUUCUCAUCACACUUUCAAUUUAGGAAACACAAAUUAUAUCAACUAUUUAAUGGAGGAUGUACAUCAAAAACAACUGCAACCACUACCAUUUGGUGGAAGUUUCUUGGGUGCACCAUCCACUUUUUCUGAUACUAAUACUGGUGGUGGAUCAUCUUUGAUUAUGUGUGGAGGUGUUGGAUUUGGUGACAAGACUUCAUGGAAUGAUAUAUAA